CUUGUGGUUUUUGUUGAAAAAAAUUAAAUUAAUGUCUGUUAUGUAAGCUCAUAAAACAGACUUUAGUGCCUGUUCAUCCCUUCUCACUCUAUCUCCGGGCUGCUUUGCCACGAGAUCUUACAUAUAAAUAUUAUAUACACUUUCUGAGACAGAGCUGAAAAAAAAGAUCUGGAUAAUUUUACUACAGAAUAAGGCAUACCACAUAAAAUUUUUAGUAGUGGGUAAUGUUCUGAAUGGAAUGUUUUCAUUUCCAAUGGCAAGCUCCUCAGACCACUCCAUGGAGGCUGAUUUCUGGGAUCAUAGGAGUAAUGUGCCUUGGGCUGACGGCUACUUUGGGAAUUUUGUUGAACAAUGCAUUUACUAAAGGGAAUGUCCAGCCAAUACCAUCUCCAGAACCCACCACUGAACCUCUGGGAGGCUGUGGCUGUUAUUCUUGCCAAGAAAAGUGGAUUGGAUUCCAAUGCAACUGUUACUUCAUUUCCAAUGAAAGAAAAACUUGGGCAGAAAGUAGGGAUAUCUGUGCUUCUCAGAAUUCCAGUCUACUUCACCUGAAAAACAGAACUGAACUGAGUUUUUUAAAGUUCAGUAAAACGUUUUACUGGAUUGGACUCUCUUACAGUGAAGAACGCCGUGUCUGGUUGUGGGAAGACGGCUCUACCCUCUCCCCAGAUACAUUUUCACCAUUUUCCAUUGUGAACACAAAGAAGUGCAUAAUGCUGGGCACACAGAACAAUGUUUUGGAUGAAUCCUGUGAGGAACGAAAUCCUUACAUCUGUAAACAGCAGCUUCUUUAGCUGUUGCUCAGGGCAGAACUAUGGGCCGUGAAGGUCCAGUAUUACUAAGAACGGCCUUGGUUUGCAACACUAAAUUGGGACUUCCCAUCAUCAUCUCACUUUUCUGGAAGUGAGUUCUUUCUGGAUGUAUCUGCGCUGGAAUGUGGAGCUGGAAGUGCCACCUGACACCUUCCUCAUGCGCAUCCUCCAGCCUCAGAGGGAAACACGUUUGUGCAUCUUUUCCUGAUGCUCCUCAGUUCCGUGGGACAGUUUUAAAUCUUUGGUCAGAUACGGGGUUCUUGUGUGAUCGCUUUCAGAGUUUACAAGUGUAAAGGGACUCCAAGCCCUGAUCACAUACAUUUACUAUACCUAGUUCUUUAUUCUAUUUUUUUGGCCUUAUGUUUAUCAACCAGUAGAAGAGUCACAUGUGCAUUGAAGAUCUUAAUAUCUAAUCAAUUCCAAGAACCUUUUCCUAAAACUUAAGUGUAAAACAAACAAUUCUUUGUGUGUGUGUGUGGAAGGGGAGGCAUCACGUUUUACAGAGGGCUUUCUGAGCAUGUUUUAAAAGGGCUGGGGGCACAGUCGGGUCCAACUCCUCCGACCUGAGUGGAAUUUUUACAGUCUCACAGGUUUCAAAAGCCACUUUCCUCUUAUUUGGUAAAUUGUUGUAUAGCUACCUUAAAAAUUACUAUUGACAUACCUAUUUAUUUACUAGUUUUAUAUUUCAGUUAAAUGAUAAAAAUUAAGAACUCAAGUUGUUUUUUAUUAUGUAAGGAGCCAGGAAGAGAAAAUGAGCUUUUACUUUUUAUUUCUCAAAGUAUAAAUAUAAUAGGACUACUGCGAACUGAACUCUCUACUUUCCUUUAUAAAGAUUGACUUAGGCCCUGGCUGGUGUAGCUCAGUGGAUUGAGUGCAGGCCUGCGACCCUGAGGAUCGCUGUUCGAUUCCCCGUGUCGGGGCACAUGCCUGGGUUGCAGGCCAGCUCCCAGCAAGGGACGCACGAGAAGCAACCACACAUUGAUAUUUCUCUCCCUCUCUCCUUCCCUUCCCCUCUAAAGAUAAAUAAAGUCUUUAAAAAAAUUGACUUAGGAAAAUGCACUUAUAUUAUGAAAAAAAGAUUAUAACAUCUUUCAACUACUGAACUAAGAUCACACAUAUUAUAACUCCUGGAUAUUUUAUAUGUUUUGGUUUUGUCGCCCAUGUGAUUUCAAAA